AUGUGCUCAGAUCGAGCACAUCCUGAUUUGUCUUCCACCACAUCGACCACCGAUUCCGAUAUGGUCACAGAGAUUAUUAACAGACCAGUCAGCUUCGUUGAUACCAAAAACGUCUCCAUGGAAGUCAAGAUAUGGCUGGAAAUAUCUCAAGUAUGCGAAGAAUGGUUCGCUACAAAAAUAUUGAAACGAUGGAGAUCAACACUGACUGAUGCAAUCAAUAAUCCAAAAGAUUGGAAUGAUGGAAUUCGAAAUAAUAAUAAUGUUUAUGCGAGGAUACAUAAUUGGAUGAGUAUGACAGAGGAGCAGAGACAAGAGAUCUUGAGACUUCUGAAUGCACCAAUUACGGACACGUCUCAAACAGAUUUAUCACUUGGUGGAAUCCUCGAAGAACUUCCUAAAUCCUAA